AGAGCCACCAAACGGCAGACGCAGACGUUUAUAUUUUUUAAAGGAAAAUAUAUAAACAAUAACAAAAUGUGUGCAAAAGUUAUCCUUUGUGUUGUGCUGGCUUGGUUAAGCUGUGCUCUGGCUUAUCAAAAACAGAGUUGUAAUGAUUGCGUCGGCUACAAAUCUUGUGAAGCUGCCGUGGCCCUUCUUAACAUGAAGACGCCAACCGCCGAUGAGAAGUUCAAGAGCGCUUUCUGCGGUUUCGAUGGAGCCAAGCUACCAAUGGUGUGUUGCUCCCAACUCUCGACUAAAUCAACACCUGACAGCGUGGAAAGCGUGGAGAACCACCCGAACCUCCACCUGCUCCCGGACGCGUGUGGAAAGAUCAACGGGGACAAGAUCAUAGGAGGCCGGACCGCGGGUCUCUACGAGUAUCCAUGGAUGACGCUCAUCUCAUAUAAGACACGACUGGGACCCCAGUUCGAAUGCGGCGGCAGCCUCAUCAAUGAACGCUACGUACUCACCGCGGCCCACUGCAUCUCCAACUUGAAGCUGCUUGGCGUGAGAAUAGGAGAGAACGAUGUGGAUACCACCACGGACUGUCAAGGAGAUCCUCCCACUCUUACUUGCGAAUCUAAGAUUCAGGAUAUUCGUAUUGAGGAGGCCAUACCCCAUCCAGAAUAUCACGGCAAACCCAACGUCAGAAAUGAUAUCGGUCUUCUCAGGCUUAAAAAGCCAGUGGACUUAUCUUUCAAGAACGCCGGUAUAGUCUGCCUACCGGUAUCCAGAGACCUACAGAGCCGUAACCUCGGAGGACUGCACGCCACUGUCGCUGGCUGGGGCUAUACUGAGAAAGGCUACAUCUCAUCUAAGCUGCUAGCCGUAGACGUGCCAAUACAUACUGCUGAUUCGUGCCGAGAAUUGUACAAUAGAGGCCAAAAACCCGGUGAAGAAGACGAGACGAUCAACAAGAUCUGCGCCGGUGAGAACGGCAAGGACUCCUGCGGAGGGGACUCCGGAGGCCCACUGAUGGUCAAGGGGGCCUACAGGAAUAGCGGAGAACGCUUCAUUCAGCACGGCAUCGUGUCGUACGGGCCCAGGCUUUGCGGGUCCGACUUUCCGGGAGUAUACACAGAUGUUUCGAACUAUAUGAAGUGGAUAUUGGAUAAUAUUAAGCCUUGAUUUAAGAACAUAAUAACUUCUCGCCAUCUCGAGCGUUACUUGAAACUUUCUACGCCAUAAUAUACUAUAGUAUACUUUUGGAGCUGAACGCUUAAGACAUUCAGCUGUCCUUGGCAUGAAAUGGUUUAAGUUAAGA